AUGAAAGAAAGGGUUGACUGGUACCAUGAAUGGACAUCGAAGACUUUUAAAGUUAAAGCCGAUACAGGAUGGGUUUCAGGAUGUUUAGACCUUAAAGCAGAUAAAACUUAUGUUAACGAUGAGUUAGAGAAGAAAGCAGACAAGAACCAUACACAUACAAGUUUUACAACUGUUGCUAUAGAAAGUAUUGAAGGAACGGUUGAAGAAACUGGUGGGGAUGCAAUAUAUUGUAAACCUCCUAACUUUCCACAAGGUUUAACAUCGGAUGACGACAUAACGACGAUGAAAAACAUUAGAUGUAAAGAUGUUUAUGUCAUGAAGGAUGAAUAUAAUACUAAAUUCACUGCUCAAGAUUUAUAUGACAAGAAAGCAGACAAAACAGAGCUUCAAACAUUAAAGACAGAAAUACUUCAAACACUAUAUCCUAUAGGUUCUAUUUAUACGUCAAUGAACUCAACAAAUCCAGAAACAGUUCUGGGUUUUGGAACUUGGACUCAAAUAGUCGACAGGUUUUUGUAUUGUGCAAACUCUUCAAAGGAAACAGGUGGAA